AUGUUUAAAAACCUUUUUCGUCAACGACGAUCAAAUAAAGAGAAUGAAGAUCAUGAACAACAACAACAUUAUCAUCAUCAUCAUCAUCAGCAGCAACAACAACAACAACAACAUUCUACCAAUGAAUUUGAUCGCAACUUAUCCUCCUACAAAUCAUUAAGAAAUGCGCGUGAAAAGCGAUUAUUCUAUUCAUCUCAUCAUCAUUAUCGAGGAAGUGCGGGUGGUGGAGCGGAUGAUAAUCUUCCUGCAUUCACAUCACCAUAUCAUAUUGUCGCUCAGCGGAAAUAUCCACGCGGUACGCAAUCAUGUCACGAUGGUCUCAGUGAUGAUUUCGAUCGAUUUUCCAGCGUGAAUAGGUCAUUUGCUAGUGCGACACAUUCAAAAUAUAAGCCUACUCGUCGUGAAUACAUGAAUAUUAUGCGUCGUAGUCAUUUGAAUUCGGAAUAUGGCUGUGAUCCAUCAUUAAACACUCCACCGCUUUAUAGCAGAGAUUUAGAUGAUUCAGAUGCGGAAACGUGGAAUUCAGAAAGGGUUAUUAAGGAACUUCGAGCAGAGUUAAGAGCUGCAAACGAACGAAAAAAUUAUUAUAAAGAUUUGUACAAACGUGAACGGCAGGAUAGGAUACGUGAUCGUGAGUUGCGUGAUUUGGUGGAGAAGAAGCUUAUGGAUGAUCUCAGAAAUAAAGAAUUGGAAUGCUCCAAUAAUUUGCUACGAAUUAAAGCGUUAGAACAGCAGCUUCAACAUCACUCCAAUUUUCCGCCUUCAAUCCAUGAAUCCUCUUUUCGCAUUCCGCAUUUCUGCACCCCUUCAUCAUCUAAUACGGCGUCAACAAUGGCAGGAGCAGGUGAAGCCCUAUCCAGCACCUCUGAACUGUUUGCUAUUCGAGGUGCCUAUCUAGUAAAUUCAGUAGCUGGCAAUACAGGAAUAACAGGAGCAACAAGUGCAACAGUACCCGGUAAUUCUGGCGAAAUGCCGGAUGAAAUGAAAGUUUUCCGGCAACCUGAUGAAUUACCUUUAGAGUUAGCACGGAAUGGCAGUAUUGUAGAUACUCCAGUUGAUAUUGGAGGUGAUGAUGCAGCAAGAAUAUCAGUUAAUUCGUUAGGUGUUUCUUUAACAAAUCGUGAAAAUUUUAAUGGAACAGUGUUGGAAGAAGACCGUCAAUCUGAUAACGGUUAUGGUACCACUUCAGAAUGUGCUUCUGAGCUUGUUCGAAGCAUACGUCGGGUACAUAGUGAUUCCGAAGUACCAUUAAAAGUUAUACAGGCAUAA